CAUGGAUCAUGCUGUGAAAGCUACACGUGGUCGUCCUUGGAAUACCCUGCGUUUCGAAAAUGAUGAACUGGAGUGUCUGUAUCAACGUUACACCCUUAAAUUGCAACGAUUUUCGGUGCUGGGCGUGGUGGCCCUGGUUGUGGUGCUAUGUGGUGUAAUGGCCGCCUUAUCCUUUGUCUACAAUUACACUGCAACAUUUCAUAAUGUCUUCAAUUCAUUUGUGUGCCUACUAUUUGCCAUAAUUUUAAUUUUGUUGCAAUGUCGCGUGAUCAAGGAUCAUCAUUUACCCUGCCUUUGCUAUGGCAUUCUAUUAUUUACUGCUGCCAUUUGUUUUGUUUCGAUGCCGACAUUGGGUUCCAUAUUUCCGGUUGACACCAAGGAGGUCAUGGCCGAAGGUGUAUGGCAAAUAGUGUUUGUGGUCUUUUUGGCUUAUGCCAUGAUGCCAUUACAAAUCUGGGAAGCUGUUUGCUUUGGCAUUACACUACCCCUGGUGCACAUCAGUUUGACUGUCUAUAAAAUAUUUACAGAUGCAUUUCGUUAUUUGGAAUAUAAUCAGCUUAUUGCCAACAUUGUUAUGUUUAUUGGUGUUAAUGUCGCCGGUCUAGUCGUUAAUAUUAUGAUGGAACGUGCACAGCGUCGUGCAUUUUUAGAUACACGAAAUUGCAUUGCCGCCCGUCUCGAAAUUCAGGAUGAAAAUGAGAAAUUGGAAAGACUUUUAUUGUCGGUACUACCUCAGCAUGUUGCAAUGCAAAUGAAAAAUGAUAUCUUAUCGCCGGUUGCGGGGCAAUUUCAUAGAAUCUAUAUACAGAAACAUGAGAAUGUCAGCAUUCUAUUUGCCGACAUUGUGGGUUUUACGGUGCUAUCGUCACAGUGCAGUGCACAGGAAUUGGUGAGACUGUUAAAUGAACUUUUUGGAAGAUUUGAUCAAUUGGCGCAUGACAACCAUUGUUUGCGCAUUAAAAUCUUGGGAGAUUGUUAUUAUUGUGUUUCGGGUUUGCCGGAACCGCGUAAAGAUCAUGCCAAAUGUACAGUAGAAAUGGGUUUAGAUAUGAUAGAUGCUAUUGCGUCUGUUGUUGAGGCCACCGAUGUUAUGUUAAAUAUGCGUGUUGGCAUUCACACGGGUCGCGUUUUGUGCGGUGUCUUGGGCCUGCGUAAAUGGCAAUUUGAUGUCUGGUCCAAUGAUGUAACAUUGGCCAAUCACAUGGAAUCGGGUGGUGAACCGGGUAGGGUACAUGUUACCCGUGCCACCUUGGACGCUUUGUCCGGGGAAUAUGAAGUUGAGGCUGGUCAUGGUGAUCAGCGUUCUUCAUAUCUAAGAGAUCAUGGUGUGGAUACAUAUUUCAUUGUACCACCACCACAUAGGCGUAAGCCCUUAAUGCUCAACACCUUGGGUGUACGUUCCGCCAUUGGAUCUCGUCGAAAACUAUCCUUCCGCAAUGUCUCGAAUGUGGUCAUGCAGCUGUUGCAUACCAUCAAGUUUUCCGAACCAGUACCAUUCUCCAAUAUUGCCACCGGCUCAUUUCCCUCGACCGGAGGAAAUGCCAGCGGUCGUGGUAGUACCAGCGGUGGUGAUGGCCAAUUGGAAAAAGGAUCACGAAAGGUGAUACGACUACAAAAAAUCUUACAUGCUCCAACACCACCGGGUGGCGGUGUUACCAUACAAGUAGGAACAACUUCCAAUUCCACAUCAAAUACGAUUAGUCGCAUUCAUAGACUUAAUCAAAAUCAAAACAAUCUUAAAUCAAAAGUUACGGACAAAUUCAAACGACCCUUUCGCAAGCGUCACUCAUCGGUCCAUCAUCAGCCAACAAAUCGUGUUAAUCGGUUCCUUUCACAAGCAAUCAAUGCCCGUUCGGUGGACUGUGACAAAUCGGAACAUGUUGAUCGUAUUACUUUGCGUUUUCGCGAAAGCGAUAAAGAGCGCGAAUAUCGCAAAGAUUUCGACUUGGGCUUUACCACCGCCAUGGGCUGUUCACUGCUGCUGUUGAUAUUGGGCGCAGCAUUGCAGGUGACUGCUUUGCCAAGGACCUUGAUAUUGUUGUUACUUUUUCUGACCGCUUUCGUAUGGGUCAGUGCCAUAUUGAUGCUAUUGCUGGCCGUACGUUUGAAAUGGAUUGUUUGGGAUUUGUCACAGAGUUUUACACUGAGAAUGGCCAUCACGAUAUUUACGGUGAUAUUGAUAUAUUCUGUCGGUCAGGUGAAUGUGUUUACCUGUGUAUCUGACCACCCCUGCUCCAGCAAUAUUACCACCACAACACCCACCGCGGAGGAAGACCUGCUAAUGUUGAUUCAUCAAAAUGAUGCCCAUCGCAAAUGUUCGCUGCCACAAUAUGUUUCGUUAUCGGCCACAUUUGCUUUCCUAUCUGUAUCGGUAUUUUUAAGGUUACCCAUAAUAUUUAAAUCUCUAUUGGUGGUCACAAUGGGUGUUGUCUAUUGUCUAUUUAUCGAACUCUCCCAUACGAAUAUCUUUGAUUGUUAUGACAGUCGUGUCAAUGCUGCAAUUCCACUCCAUUUGAUAUCAUUGGCCCGUAUUAUCAUCUUUAUGAUUGCCAUACUUGUCCAUGGUCGUUUGGUUGAAUGGACAGCCCGAUUAGAUUUUCUCUGGCAAUUACAGGCAUCGCAGGAGAAAAAAGAAAUGGAUGUGUUGCAGGAAUCCAAUAAACGGAUUUUACACAACCUUCUGCCGGCCCAUGUAGCUGCCCACUUUUUGGAUAAUCAAUUUCGCAGUAAUAUGGAACUCUACCAUCAAAGUUAUGCCAAAGUGGGCGUUAUAUUUGCCAGUGUACCCAAUUUCCAUGAAUUCUAUACCGAAAUGGAUGGUUCAGAUCAAGGCUUGGAAUGUUUACGUUUAUUAAAUGAAAUUAUAGCCGAUUUUGAUGAGCUAUUGAAAGAGGAACGAUUUCUGGGCAUUGAUAAAAUCAAAACUGUUGGCAGCACCUAUAUGGCUGUUGUGGGUUUAAUACCCGAAUACAAAAUUAAUCCGAAUGAUCAAAAUUCUGUACGACGCCAUAUGACCGCUCUUGUGGAAUAUGUUAAGGCAAUGCGUUUAUCUCUGCAAGAGAUCAACAGUCAUUCCUAUAAUAAUUUUAUGUUAAGAGUUGGUAUCAAUAUUGGCCCUGUAGUGGCUGGUGUCAUUGGUGCCCGUAAACCCCAAUAUGAUAUCUGGGGCAAUACAGUAAAUGUGGCCAGUCGCAUGGACUCGACUGGUAUACCUGGCUAUACUCAAGUCACUCAAGAAGUUGUGGAUAGUUUACAGGGAUCACAUUUCGAAUUUAAAUGUCGCGGCACCAUUAAAGUCAAAGGUAAAGGUGAUAUGAUCACCUAUUUCCUAAACGAUAAUAGCAGCAAUGCCCUUAACGGUGAGGUACGCAAUGCCAUGCUGGGCAAUCGCGCCCUGCCAAAUCCUGGAUUUGGUGGUGUUGCUGCUUCGGCGGCUAUGGCACCCCAAACCCAAUUACAGGCAGCUGACUAUUAUCAAAAACAAUCACAGGAUAAUAGUUAUCAUGUGAAUAUGAAUUCCGAAACUUACAAUAUCAAGAAGGACACUUACGGUUAUGUGGAUCAAACAGAUCCCAACAACACCAUCAACAACGCUACAAAUAAUUUGUUGAUGAAGAACUCGAAUGAGGAACAACAACUGUUACUGCAGCAUAUGCAACCACAACAUCAUCAACACCAUUUGGCCCAACAGCAGCAACAGCGGAUGAAUAGCAAAUUACAAAAACAACCAUUUUUGGCCAAUGGUGGCCUGCCCAACAUCCACGAGAAUGGUCAUAAUGGCAAUGAGGAGCAUCACAGCAAUGGUUACAACGGAGUUGGCAACAAUGGAUAUCAGCAGCAACAGCAUCAACGUAAUCAUUCGUCUAGCUCAAUGAGCAGCAUGGGUUUAAAUCCUAAUUCCCUACCACCAAAUCAACAUCCGCCACUACCACCAUUACCGAACUCAUCAUCAUCCAUACUGGCCAACUCCAAUGCCUACCUGCAACAGCAACAACAUAACCUCAACCACAACCUCAGCCACCACCAAACAUCCGCGUCAUCUGCACAACCUGCCACAGCCACAGCAGGUCCUCUUCUGGCCCCCACACCAUCAUCAUCUUCUUCGGUAAUGUUCCGUGAACAAUUUAAUAUUAUUGAAAAUCCUAGCAAUAGUCGUCAUCUAUUCAAUAAUUAUAUUAAUAAUCCUCCUACUCUCUCACACACAAACAAUCAUCAGCAUCAGCUACAACAGCAACAACAGCAUGACCCCUAUGCUCCGCUGGAGAAUUUCAAUAAUCUUAUGUAUGGUGCGGCGGCCGCGUCAGCUGGUAAUGGUAAACGCGAUACGCGUGAUCUGCAUGUUUCGUCAUCCUCCUCCUCCUCUGCGCAAUAUCCGCAAGCAUCAGCAUCCAACUAUCAUCAUUAUUUGUAUCAACAGCAACAACAACAACAACAGCAUCACCAUCACCAAAACAACAGUAACAGUAACUCGAAUAAUCAUCAUAAUCAAAUGCCUACUCCUCCUCCACCUUCAACUUCUAACCAAUUUCAUUACAAUAACAAAAACAAUUUCAAUAAUCAAAAUGGUUACAACAAUUCCGAUAGUCAUUAUCUGAACUAUAGCAAUUGUCGCGAAAGUGAACCGUUGUUGCAUGCCACCCAAGUGGCCAAGAUUAUGUCCAUGCAACAUCAUCAUCAGCAACAACAACAACACCAAAUGCAUCAUACACCCACUAAAUAUGAACCGCCUCGUUAUAUGUGCCCCAAUAAUGUAUUUGUACAACAACAACAACAGAUCCAACACCAAAUCCAACAAUACCAACAACAACAACAGCAGCAGCAACCACCACCCCAACCGCUACCGAAACAGCAACAACCACAACAACAAUAUCCUCUGUACUCCCAACAACCCCAGCCUCCUCUACCAGCCCUACCACCCAAACCUGCCACAUUAACAACGAGUCUAAAACAGAAUACCCCUCUUCUACGCUCCUACAUGAAGCCACUACCGAAGCUACCGACCGAACUGGAAGAGAGUCGUGAAAUGUCUUCCACCGACGAUCUCAGCUCCCGACCACAUUCACCCUCAAUGAGUUCUUCGGAUGAAAGCUAUUCCAAGACGACGGAGGGUGAAGGUGAAGAAGACUCACCACAUCGUCUACUAGCAGCGGCAUCAGCAGGAGCAGCGGCCACAGCAGCCAACAACCAUCAUCUGGCGAACCGCAACAACGGCAGCAAUGCCCUACAAUGGUUAUAUCCAUGCGAUAUCCAAGUGGAUCCGACCUCACCAGUCAUUGAUAUGUCAAAUUUGAAGGACUUUGAGGUCAGUUCCACCACUGAGAGUCAAGGUCAGUACACCACCACGACCCAAAACAAGGGAGAUUCUUGCAACAGCUUCGAGUAUCAGGAUCGUUUGGCUUUGGCACAAAGUCAGAAGGCGGCAAACAUGUCCCAGGCAACAUCGGGCAGCAGUGGCAACCAAAAUGUCACCAAGUCACCAUUUGAGAGGGAAUUGCAAAGACUGCUAAAUGAAUCGUCGAGAGCAAGGGGAUUGACAACAAAUCACAAUUCGGCUGCUGCCACAGCAUCGUCAUCAACUGGUGGCAAUAUCACCUCCGGUUCUAUGGGCAAUGUUGAGGGUGGCAACACCACCAGCAAUAGCAGCAGUCGCAACAACAUUGACAUCAGUUAUUCGGGCAGCAACAGUAAAUUAAGUUCCAAUGGGUUGAAUGUGGCCGCCGGUAUUGGAGGCAGCGGUAGUCUGGGUAGCAACGGCAACUUGAGCGGCAGCACACCACUCAGUGGCAACAACAAUCUGAAGAACGUAACCACCGCCAUGGCAGUUACAAUGUUGGAAGAGCUCAACUCACCGACCAGUGGACAGAGGCAGGGUUCCAAGAUACCUGUUAGUACAAGCUUUAUGAUUGCCAAACAUCCUGUGGGUCUAGAGGCUAUAAAGGAAAUAACCCGCAAUAAGAAUCCCUCAGAAUCCAGUCAAAUGCAAACAUCGGAUACCGAAUCCUGUGAAAUUUUGCAUGAGACUCGCAACCAAUUAAAUCUGGCCAUGAUGGACCACCAUCACAAUAACAGCAUGACCAACAAAUCGUCGACCUCAACCAAUGGUACAAACUACAAUAAUUUUCCUCAGCAAAUGGCAGCGCCACCAUCGCAGGGCCACCACCUGCAACAGUCAUCGUCGCAGGCAUCUACCAAAGAACACAAUCAUCGUCACAGAGUGCGGCCACGUUCCAAAGAAUACGAUCAAAGUCACGAGAGUCUCGAUCAGUUGCAGGAGUCGGGUGAAUCGAAAUCGAAUGGUCGUUAUAAUCGGCAUCAUCAUCAUCACCACCAUCAUCAUCAUCACAAUCAUAAUUCGCAUCAUACACGUCCCACCCGCAAUACGCAUCAUCAUUUGGUCAACAAUCACGAUCAGGAUGAUGAACGCGAUGAUACCGAAGAUAAUUUGGCCGAUGAAGAAUUCGAAGAUGAUGAAGUGGGUCGUGAUGUGCGCAAGAAACGUCUAAUGCCACCGACGGAAUUGGUAAAUCAUUAUCGCAGUGAUGAUGACGAAGAUGAUGAUCAUAUUCGAGGUGGACAGCAGUUGGAGGAAGAUGAUGACGACGAGGACGACGAUGAGGAUGAUCAUGAAUGUGGUCCUGAAGAGGCAUUAGUUGGUGGUGGCGGUCAUGGGGAUACAGGUCUAUUAAAUGGUGGUGGUGGUGCUGGUCCGAGCGGUAGUUAUCACGAUCACCGUUUGGAUUCACUGGAAACGAAUGUGAUAAAUGAUGAGCUCAAAUAUGGUGCCGGUCAUCAUAAUCAUCAAUCGAUGGACUCAAAUCAUUUGGAAAGUCAAUCGGAAUGGUCAGAUGAUGAUUGUCGUGAAGAGGCAACAGGUGGUGCUGAAUCCACUGGCUAUAUAACCGAUGAACCCGGUCUAGAAAAUAUCUCUCUACUUAAUGAGGCUGGUCUAACCGAUGCCGAAGGUGCUUUAUCCGAUGUCAAUUCUUUAUAUAAUGCUCCCGAUGUUGAUGAUACAUCGGUAUCGUCGCGUGCCAGUUCAAGACUCCUUAGUUUAGAUUCUCUCAGUGGUCUGUAUGAUUGUGAUAUGGAUUCGAAACAUGAAAUGGCUAUUGUUAAUGUCUCCAAUAAGAUAACUAGUAAAUUUGGACCACCACAGCAGCAGCAACAACAACAACAGCAACAACAUCAACAGCAAUCACAAAAUCAUCAUCACACACAUCCACCACACCAGCAGCAGCAACAACAACAACAAAGUUAAUUAAAAUCAAGGAAACUUAAUAUUAUUAAUGCAUAUGUAUGUAUAUUGUACAACAAC